AUGCGCUGCACGCCGUUCUUGAAGCCUCUCAGGGCCCACAGCGUCACCAUAUUUGCCGGAAGAUGCUAUACGACAGCGGCCAUCCCUGAGGCAGGCCCUUCAAAAUUGGCAGAGUCGCCUUCGCGAUCACCAGCAGCUCAGGAUGAGCUACGACGGAAACGGAGGACGGACUGGAAACGUAGGCAAAACGGUCAAAGCUUCCUUGACCACACCAUAAUCCACAUUCGCGCUGGCAACGGCGGAAACGGUUGCGUCGCCUUCCACCGCGAACUCUUCAAGCCUUACGGCCCGCCCUCGGGUGGCAAUGGCGGCCGCGGCGCCGACGUCUACAUCCUCCCCACCCCCCAUCUCACCACCCUCUCCUCUGUCCCGAACCGCAUUCGCGCCCCUCACGGCGGCUCAGGCCAAGGCACAUGGCAAAAUGGCAGGAACGCGCCCCCACUCAUCGUCCGCGUCCCUCUAGGAACGAUUGUCCGCGAGCUCCCCCGCGACGACCCGAGGAGACACAAGGACGAGUACGAGGCGGAGGCGGAGGAUUUGCAAGGCUUGAAGCCGCAGGAGCGCAGGGACAAGAUGCGUGAGCGGCGGUGGGUGCACUACCCGGAGUGGGCGGAGGACAACGCGCAGCGCGAGGACUUCAAGCACGCCGAGCGCGUGCUCUUCCAGCAAGAGCGCGAACGACGGCGAGCGCGGCGCAUGCGCGCAGAGAACCCGAUCUUCCUCGACCUCGACAAGCCAGAAGAGACGGCCGAGGCCGAAGACCCGAACGCACCAUUAGGCCACCGCCGCGUCGAGCCCAUGGGCCACCUCGUCGCGCAGGGCGGCGCAGGGGGAGUAGGCAACCCCGCAUUCCUCUCCCCUACGAAUCGCUCUCCGAAGUGGGCCACACGCGGCUACCCGGGGGAGCGCGUCUCGCUUGCGCUCGAGCUGAAGCUCCUCGCGGACGUCGGGCUCGUCGGGAUGCCCAACGCGGGCAAGAGCACCCUCCUCCGUGCCCUCACCGGGGGCCGCGCCCGCACGGAAGUGGCUGGGUACGCGUUCACGACGCUGAACCCAGUCGUAGGGGUUGUGCGUGUCGCCGCCGAUGGCUCGUUUGCGUUUGACAGCCCCACGGAGAGCGUGGUACAUGACGAGACGUCCAUCGAGGAGGCGCGUGAGCGCGAGCUAAUGGCCGGAGGGGAGCUCGCGGACGCGCUUACGCGCAACCAGCGGCGCGCGAUGCAGGACGGAGCGAGAGAGGAGGGAGGGGAGACGGACCCGUACGAGUCGAUGGAGGUGUUCCGGUUCACUGUCGCGGACAACCCGGGCCUCAUCGAGGACGCGUCGGCGGACGUCGGCUUGGGGCAUUCAUUCCUGCGCUCGAUCGAGCGGUCGCACGCGCUUGCGUACGUCGUCGACCUCUCUGGGGAGGCGCCGUGGGACGAGCUGAGGGUGCUGCGGGAGGAGCUGGAGAGGUACAAGCCGGGGAUGAGCGCGAACGCGCGGAUUGUGGUCGCUAACAAGGCAGACUUGCUUGGCGGGGAGGGCGCGUCCACGAAAGAGGUGGAAGAGGCGAAGGCAAAAUUGGGAAGGUUGGAAAGGUAUGUGAGGGAGGAGAUGAGGGUGCCUGUGCUUGAUGCGAAGGGCAGCCCCGUGGGCAGCAGGGAGACGAGGACGUUGGACGUCGUCCCUGUGUCGGCGAAGUUCAGUCUCAACUUGAGGAAGGUUGUGGGGCUGAUGCAGGGCUACGUUGAGGAGGCUCGGGCGAGGAAGGGGAUCGAUUCGGGCGUUGUGGGUCGCCUUUUCCACUCGUGAUGUUGAGUCGUUGGUCAUGCUAUGCACACGCUAAUGGGAUGCUCGUUUUGGGAGCUACUGUAGACUAUUGUAUGAUAUUAUUGCUCUUCUCUUAUCGGC